AGUAAUAACCGAUCGAAGAAGAAGAGUCACGUGAUUUUAGAGAUGCGCCGGUUUGAGUAGGGAAACAAAGUUAGCGUUAUAUCUGUAUACAAAACUGUGAAGUUAGUUGUGUGAGCUUUGGUUUAAAUAGAAGAAGAAGGAAAAAAAUCAUCUUCCGGUCUAGGUUUUCUGUGUAGGACCUCUCUGGGUCAGCAGCGACUGGGAUGAAGCCUCCUCCUCGGACUCGCGGUAAACGACACUGCGAUCCGCAACCUGAAGCGACGGGCCCGCAGCGGUCUCGGAGACCGUCUGGUAAGUGGAGCCAUGUGGAGCGAAGGAAGCUACUGAACGGCCUGAGAAGGCUCAGCAAAACCGCGGCAAAGGGAGACAUCAACUAUGAUCAACUUAGGAGAUAUGUUACUACUCGAUCCGUUUCAGAGAUCCGUUCCAUGGUGGAUUCUCUGAAGACCAAGGUGGUGUCCUGGGCCAGUCUGAAGCUGAAGACGAGGAGGAGGGAAGAGGAGAGGGUGAGGAAGCCCAUCGAGGAGUGGAUUCACAUGUCUUCAUCUGUGACUGGAGGUCUGGAAAAGACCAUUUCUACAGCUUUCUGUCAGAUGCUGACGGUGUCAUCCACGGAGCCCUGCACUCUGAGGAACUGUGACCCCCCACAAGUCCACAGACCCCCCACUGAAGAUCCUCCCCCUGGUCGCAUCAUCCCUAUGAGACCAAUGCCCCGUAUGCCGGUCCAAGAUGUGGUUCUUGUUAAAGAUAAGACUCCAGCAUCAAGGAAAGGCCCAUCCAGCAGAUCCCCAGCACCUUCUCAACAGGAUCAAGUUAAGAAAAGUAAACGCUGUCCUCCUCAGAGACCUCCUGUUACCUCCAACCAGCAGGAUCCAGUUCCAGGACCUAUCACAACCAGCUCUGCAGGACCACAGACCACAUCAGAACAAAGUCCCGUAACCACUGUGUCUACUAGCCCACCAUCUGAAGCCUCCACCAGCUCCUCCUCCACCCAACCCACCCCCCGAGUCUCCUUCUCCAUGGCAGCGUCCCACACAAAAUUUGGAAAAACUAGUAAAUAUCCCUCCACCAUGAGGACAAUGGGAGUAAAGUACGUGGUGGACUUUGAGAAGAUCUACAUGUUCCUGAGUGAGAGCCAGAAACCAAAUGGGACCUGUUGUCUCACACCCAUGGAGAGCGCCAUCAUGUUGGACCUGUUGAUGUCUCUGCCAGAGGAGCUCCCUCUGCUGGAUUGCAACAAGCUGAAGAAUCACCUGCUCCAGGUGUAUAAUGGCAUGUCGGCUCCUGCAGACUCCAACAGAGGAAGAGAGUUGCUGAGGGGCGGAAUCUCUGCUGACUGCAGGCGUGAAGCCGAGAGCCAAUCAGGACAGAGCCAUGCUUCCUCCGGCCAAUCAGAGGAUGGAGCUGCGUUUGAAUGGUGUCCUCCUCUGAACCCCUUCAUGGUGCCUCUGAAACUGUUGCUGCGUAGAUAGAUGACGCUGCUUUAGGACAUUAUGGUUCUGUAAGCUGGUUCUGGCUGGUUUUCUCUGUUAAACAUGUAUCAGAUGCAGCUGCUAAAGUUUUCUGUCUCUCAUCUUCAUUAACACUUUGGUUCUGUUUUAUUCUGUUAUUAAAAUAUUUUUUUCUGGAACUUUUCUUUUUAUCAUCUAAAAUGAUUUAUUAAUAUUUCUGUUUCUUUAGUCCUGGUUGUUUAACUCUGAGCUGAGAUUUAUCUGAAAUAUUUGGAUAAAAAAUCUGAUCUGAUACAGAAACUGCAGCUAUCUUUACAGAUUUAGUUUAUAUCAUAAUUUCAUUAAUGCUUUAAAUCGGUGAAACAUUUCAACUGAUCGAUCAGAACAAAUACAAACAUUGUCAUAAAAUUAUUUCCUAACAAAAUAAUGAAGUGAUCAAUAAACCGAGCGACAGGUUUCUGUUCAGUUAAAGUUGAUUUUAUUUGAUUUGAUGUGAUUUAAAAACAAAAGUCACUUCAAGGCACUUUUAAGCAUCUAUAAAUCCUAACCUGACUGAAUUUCUUCCAUUAGAUUUUUUCUGCACAAAAGGGAUCAUAGUUGACUUUAAACCGUUCAUGUGGUUCAUAAUUAAACUUCAUUUGGAAACAUGUUGAAAAUCCAGCAGUUGAUGUUUCUUUAGAUUAAUGUGAACAUUAAUCAUUUGUACAAUAAUUACAUAAGUCCACUUAUUAAGUUAAUAUGAAUCCAUCUAUAACUAUAUGAGCUUUGUUGCCGUGUUGCAUAUCAUCAUUAUCUGAAAAUAGUUCCUAAACACUG